AUGCCGAGUAGGACGACUUUAGACGAAUUAAGAGAGCAAUCAGAAUGCGGAAUUAAUCGAAAUUUGCGGCAAUGCUUCCAUUUCGCGAGAUUCCUUCAUGAUUAUGUGGUGCCGCGUUGGGCGACCCACCUUGGCAAUCAAAUCGAAUCGAAUAUCAGCUACACAACCGAAUCAAGCAAUGCGAGCUCGAGUUUGGAAUCGAUUGAGGAGAAGCGAAAAGCGUUUUUGGAGAAGAGAAGACUUUUCGACAUUGAAUUCCCUUAUAAGGUGUCGCCGGAGAUCCGCGAGAUCGGUCGGAAGGCUCUGCGAGAGAUCGCGCUGAAUCCCGAGAAUUGGGAUCUCGGCGCGUUGCCGAAAAUCGCCAACCCAUCGACGAGCGACUCCUACGCCGACUCGCUGACGUCGUGGGCGUUCUCGUCGAACAGCGAGAGCUCGUUUGUCGAAAAACUGUUGAGGGAGGGUGAAGCUCAGAAGAAGGUGCCGACGACGGUGAAAAUAUCGCCGAGGAAAUGGAAUUAUGGAAGCGAGUUGUCCGAAUCGUUUUCUGAAGAGCAAAUGAUGAAGCGCGAGCAGAUGGCGACGGAUGCCUCGAAAUCGGAUGAUGCUGCUUAUGACAACACAACGCAAUCAUUGUCCACAUUCGAUAAGGUCAAUUAUUUUCCUUUUUUGGGAUUUGUAGAAUGCGCGGUUUCAUAUAUGCCGUUUCCUCCCGUGCGCAAUGAAGGUUGA